AUGAAUAUGUUGGAUGAUGAAGAUGACCAAAGCUUUCACGCUACGCGUGACGGCUACUCCCAUUUGAGCGAUGUCGAAUGGGAUGCGGUUGAACGAAUGGGUUCGACCAUGGGCAUCCAUGCUGUUAGCGUCAUGCUAGAGGCUCUCAAUAGAGAUGCCCAACAUGCUACUAUCGCCAAGUUCAUUCAAAAUGAACUUGACGCAGAACGCGAGAAAGUAGCCUUGCUUCACCAACAAGGUUCUCAACAAGCAGAGUUGAUGAGAGAACAAGGUGCUCAACAGUUUGAACUGUUGAGACAGCAGCAGGCUGCUGCUGGCGGGUCGAUGCACUCGCGUCGGCCCGAGACUUUGAAGAUUGACAUCUCAAAGUAUAGGGGGUCGAAGAUGACUGCCUCUUGA